UGCUCUUUAUCUGGAUCUACUCCACGUAUUUUCAGCGGCCACGUCACGGAGGGGGAAGAAACGGAUUCCUGAACGCUGUGCGAAUUUCCUGCACAUCCUCACAUUCAAGCGCGCGGACCGAGACGUAGCGCCUUUCUCGUUAUACCUUUCUUCAACACACAAAAUCGGCUUUCUUCCUCGCAAAAUGAUGUUUCGUUGUUUACCCGCUGUGGUUUUCCUCCUGGCUGUAAUGUGCUGUCAUGCCGAGGAGACACAGAGCAAAUCAAAGGUGUGUGCUAAUGUUUUCUGUGGUGCUGGAAGAGAAUGUGCAGUGAAUGAGAAGGGAGAGCCCAGCUGUCUGUGUAUUGAGCAAUGUAAGCCCCAUAAGCGCUCUGUAUGUGGCAGUAAUGGAAAGACUUACCGCAACCAUUGCGAGCUACACCGUGAUGCCUGCCUCACUGGACUCAAAAUCCAGGUGGCCCAUGAUGGACACUGCAAAGAGAAGAAACAGGAGAAGGCUGCCGCCAGUCCAGUUGUGUGUUACGUUGCUGAUCGUAAUGAGCUGCGCAGACGUGUGAUCGACUGGCUGCAGAUGGAGGUUGUUCCAGAUGGCUGGUUCACUAAGGGUUCGAACUUUACUGAUAUCCUUCUCAAGUACUUCAAGAAUUAUGAUAAUGGCGACUCUCAGAUGGAUUCUGCCGAGCUGCUCAAGUUCAUUCAACACAAUGACAGCGCUGUUCAGAUGAACUCUUAUGCAGAAGAGGAGAACAACCGCCUGCUCAGGAGCCUUUGUGUGGAUGCUCUUAUUGAGCUCUCAGAUGAGAAUGCUGACUGGAAGCUCAGCUUUGAUGAAUUCCUCAACUGUUUAAAACCAGGCUUCAAUCCACCUGAGAAGAAAUGCGCUCUGGAAGACGAAACCUUUGAGGAUGGAGCCGAGACCCAGGUGGACUGCAACCUUUGCGUCUGCGCAUGUGGAAACUGGGUCUGCACUGCCAUGACUUGUGAUGAGAAAACCCCAGCUAUAGAGACAGAUGGAGGUCAGGAGAUGACAGAGGAGGAGUGGACCCGCCGUGUGGCUGAACUCAACAAGCAUCAGGACACUGUUGAGAAGAUGAAAACCAGCACAAAAGAGGUCUAAACCAGGAUAGAGAGACGCGGAGAUUCCUCUCCUACUGACCACAAUCAGGACUCCUAAGAUACCGUACUGUUAAUGGAAGAAUCACGUGGUUUUCCAUGAAUAGGUUAUUUCUUAUUACUUUCAUUACUAGCCGUACUGCAUCUACUCUGUAAUUAAGGUGUUUUUAUGAUACGGUUGUACUUUUGUCCGUAUUUUAUUAGCUUUUUUAUACCAUUUUGUAUGUUUUUGUAUGUCUUCAAGUGCUGUAAUUUGUUUGAUCGUCACUCCAAACUUUGCAGAGGAGGCCUCAGCACUUUGUUUUGGGGGUCCCUAUUGUAUUCACUUGUUUUAUGUGUUAUUAUUUUACCAUUUAUUUGUUUGUCUAUCUACAGUUAUAUGUGGAAAUGUGUUGUUUGUGAUUGAGACAAUGGCAAUAGAAGAUGAGAAAUGAAAAGGGUGAGAGAGUGAUUUUGGGAGAGAAGGACAACUAAAGACAGUCAUAGUCUUGAGACCUUUCAUAAAGGUGCUAAUGUUAGUAUUCAUCUGUUUCGCUGCUUUGCCCUGUCGCUUUAGAUGGUAGAUGAUGCUACAGUAAGUAGGACAUGUAGAAAGCAUUUAGUACUUUUGAAAGUGUAAGUUCUGUGCAUCAGCUUCACCAAAUUAAUGAUUAUGUUAUUACAGGUUUCUCACACACUCCCACCAUCUGGCAUUGGUCAUAAAACCAAUAGUCCUUCCCCAAUAUCACAUCAUUGGUUCAGCCAGGGUUGCUGCAAGUGGCUGAGAGCUCAAACAAAAUGUUUUGAUGGCACCACAGUGUUAACACUUUCUGUGGAUAUCAAAUGACUUACCUCGCAGUCUCCAGAUAUGCAGCUGGAAUAGUAAAGAAAUUUUAAAUAUUGAACAUUUCAGCUUUAAUACCAUUAUAAAUGAUAAAACCUUGACAACUGUGCUAUAAGGAAGUCACUGAAUUAGAAUAGAUAUAGAAUAGAGCUAAGCUUGAGGUUAUAUUUAUUUUAAUUUUUAAUGCUAAAACUCUCAGACUAUGAUCAGUCCCACUUUGAUUUUCUUAUAGUUUAAAAUGAACAGGCAGACGCAUAAGAAAUAAUGGAGUCAGAUUCAUGACUCAGCUUGGGUUGUUUUAUUAAUCUAGCAUUCACACAGGUGGGACUGAGUACAGACAAGAGUAAUCUAAAACCAAAGCCUGAUGUUUAAUGUUGUACGAAAAUCUCCAGGUGUACCACUACUCUGGACCCAGCAACUACUUUAUACCUGGUACAUAAAAGACAUGUCAGAAUAGAGAUUAGAUCUGCUUUCGCCUCUUGUAGUGUAGUUGCAUUCUUUACAGAAUUGAGUGUGUAUGUGUGUGAAAAUAUUUUUUUGUGUGUUUAGCUUUUUUAGUUCAAUUUCCUCUAAAUUCCACUAACAGUAUGAAUCCUUUGUGGUAAAGAGUGCCUUAAUUAUACAAACAGGGUGCCAUUGAUAAAGUGGCUUUCUCUGUAGUGCACAUAAAAUUUUCAGUAUUAUAGUAGACACCUAUCGAUUGUCUUUUGUAUGUCUGUAUUCUUGUCUUAUUCAAUGGGGCAGAAUGAAACCUUCUGCUCAGUUUUAGUCAUAUUACUUCUGCGUACUAAUAAUAAUGUUUAAAUAAAAAAAUAAAAGGUAUCCUCAUUUGUUUAA